AUGUCAUACUACUUCGCCAUCGUCGGCACGCAAGACAACCCGCUCUUCGAAUAUGAUUUCGGGACGUCGAAGCAGGGCGGCGACGGCAUGCCGCAUUUCAGCGAGCAGGCGCGCCACAUGAACCAGUUCAUUGUGCACAGCAGUCUAGAUAUCGUCGAGGAGGUCCAAUGGGGAGGUGGCCAGAUGUACCUCAAGUGUGUCGAUAAGUUCUUUAAUAGCUACGUGUCUUGCUUUAUAACCGGCGGCAAUGUCAAGUUCCUCCUAUUACAUCAGCCGACUAUGCCCGUCUCGACGACUUCUACGCGAUCUUCUACGUCUAUCGGCGCUAACCCCACGAGCCCCCAGACCGAGGAGGCUAUUAAGAAUUUUAUGCUCGAGGUCUACGAGAAUUGGGUGAAGGCUAUCAUGAGUCCUUUUUAUAGAGUGAAUAUGGAAGUGCGCAGUCCGGUGUUUAGACAGAGGGUUGCUGCGGCCGGGAGGAAAUAUCUGUGA